ACACCGUUCGGCGGCGGUGUCCUGCGUCUGGAGUGAACUGCGAUUGGGUUUUAGGGGACUCCCAGCUCGUGGAAGUAAAAGUAAAGAUAGUGCGCGUCAGUAUUGCAGACUCAGCUGUGUCGGCAUCAAGGCAGGAGUAAUUUCUCCCCCUGCGUGUGUCUUGGAUCCCUGGACCCCAACCUUUCCGGUUCUUUUUCCGCUUCGUUUUCAAAGACGCGCCACCAUGCAUUCAAAUUCAAGCCCUCAGAGGAAGAAUGCCCAUUCUUAAGAACCUCCCAGGCAGGCUGAAAGGGGCCAAGGUGAACGGAGAGCUGAUCCUGCACAAGAUGAGCCUGAACCACAACCCCUUCGAUGAGGCCGGCGGGGACCAGGACGCCUGGAGCAAGGGCAACGAGAGCUCCCUCCUGGAGGGCAGCGUGCCCCGCGACCGCAACCCUUUCGAGGACGAGGAGGACGAGAACGAGGCCAACGAGGGCCGGCGGGGCGGGUCUGGGAAGGGGGGCUCCAUCAAGGGCACGCUGGAGCGCAUCCGGGGGGUCUCCCCGCUCAAGACCCUGGGGAAGCUGGGCAAGGGGCUGCGCAUGUCAGGGCGCAGCAAGGGCGAGGGGACCCCGUCCCCCAAGGGCUCUCUAGGGAAGCCCUCUCCUCAGGAGAAGAAGAAGAAAGGGAGACGGAGCUCCGAGGGCAGCCUGCUCAGGAUAGCGGGUAGGUGCAAAGAGAGCUUGCGGAAGGAGAGCCUACCCAACGGGGACUUGGGCUCGGAGGGCGACGACUGCAGCCGCCGCCUGUCCUUCAUGAAGAUGGUGAGGGGGGGCAAGCUGAAGAGGGAGUCCAUGGUGGACCGCGCCUCCUCCCAGGGCCCUGAGGAGGAGAUGGUGGAGGAGGUGCCAGAGGUCAAGCCCAGGGAGCCACUCUCCGUGCUGGAGAUCCUGAAGCUGGUGACCAAGCGGGACCUGUUCCUGGCGGACACGCACAUCAUGGAGCUGGAGCAGGAGUGUGAGGCGGCUGCAGUCCCCAUCGGGGUGAGCUCGCCGGGUGUGCUGCUGGCCGAGGAGCUGGCCAGCCCUGGCAGCAAGGACGGGGGCCGGCGCAAGGCCAAGGACGUGGAGCUGCUGUACGAGGCCCUGCAGAAGGAGAUGUGGGAUGUGGUGCGCGAGUCGCUGCGCUGCCCCACGGCCGGGCCCAACCUCACCCUGGUGGUGCAGGUCCUGCAGCAGGAGGAGCAGGCGGACCAGGACUGGGCCCAGAGGGAGGCUCCGCCCGGGCCCCUGCCUGCCCCGGUCGGCCCCAGGCCCCGGCGGCUCAAGCAGCUCUGGAAGGAGGCGGUGGCGGAGGCGGCGGAUGCCAGCCUGCCCCAGCAGAUGGAGGCACAGGCGGGGCAGCUGGCUGCCUACCUGGAGAGGCUGCGCAGCCGCGUGGUGGAGGACCUGGGGGCCGCCUGCCGAAACGCCGUCCCCAUCUACCCCGAGGAGUACGGAGCCUUCCAGGUGUACCUGCAGAGCUACCACCAGGCCGUGAUCCGCCGGCUGCACACCAUGACCAGCACCGCCCUGCCCGUCUCCGACACAUACUCCCUGCUGGACUGGAUCUACAACAUCUACAGCAGGGACGUUCUUAAUGUUGUCAGCAAGUCCACGCCCAUCAACCGUUCCCAGCUGGGGCCCCUGUUGCCUUCGGAGACCAUGGACAGGCUGGAGCUGGACUGCCUCAAUUCUGUUAGGGACAAAGUGACCAAUGAGCUGUCUCAGGUGCUUGACGAGGAGGAGAAACGUUGGAGUGAGAUGCUGCGGGGAGAGGAGUAUCAGUCAUCCCUGGCUCGCACCGCCAUUCAGAGACUACAGGUGGAUCUCGAGAGAUCAGCUUCUGUAAAUCGAGACCUUGGCUCCCGUGUGGCACAGUGCAGUUUGAAUGGACUAGCUGAUUUCCUGUACAGCUUCAAAAAAAAGGUCGAGAUUUUCCAUGAGACACAGAUUGAGUUUGGUGAACGGGCUGAUGGUUACAUCUCCACGACCAUCGCCCAGGUUAACUGCUGUCCUCCUUUCAGGAGUUUUGUCCAGCGCUGUAGUCAGGGAGCGUCGGAGGUCAGUGAGGACUCAGCGCGGAGAGCGAAUGCCUCCCUGGACAGGAUUGUGCACCAGGGGGUGAAGGUGCUGAGUGACAAACUCUUCGAAAACAUCAGGCCCUUUUUUGACAAACUGGUGAAGAGGAAGUGGCUAAACAACACAGAUGCCUUCGAUGCAAUCAUAGCCAUUAUAAAGGAGCACUUCAAGAAGUUCCACAGAAUGGACUGUCCACCCUACCAGACGCUGGUGAGUGAGGUGCACAGGCGGGUACUCAUUGAAUACCUGCGUGCCAUCAUGAGGGGGCGUGUCAUCUGCACGUCGCUGAAGAUGAGGAAGAGGAUGGCCAGCCGACUGCGCGACGAGAGCAAGCAGCUCAAAGUCCUCUUCAAAGACCUGGAAUCAACGUCCUCGUGGCUCGACAGUGCCGUCCCGCACCUGUCGGAGAUCAUCCUCUUGGAGGACACGCCUUCCAUCCAGAUGGAAGUGGGAGUCCUGGUGCGAGAGUUCCCAGACAUACGAAAGAAGCACAUAUCAGCCAUCCUCAACAUACGCGGGAUGACGCGGCAGACGGAGAGGCAGGAGAUCCUGAACAUCGUCAAGGACAUUGAGAACAGUGACAGCCUCACACAGCUCUCCCGCGACAGGGCCCUCUUCUCCGAGGUCCCGGUGACCUCAGAGAUCCACUGCCUCAACCUGGGCCUCAGCCGGAUCGCCCUCACCGCCACCUCCUGCAUCUCCGGCCUGAGGCCACGCCGCAAGAGGACCCUAGAGAGAGAGGCGUCUGACGACAUGCUCUGAACUCUCCAGAUGAACCACCGGGGGGUGCCGUUUCUGCAAAACUCCCAGGCAUCUAAUGGGUGGGGGGGGGGAUUAUUUUCCUGAGAUUUAAAAAUUAAGGGGAAAACUGAGGAACGCUUUACCCCCGUUACAGGGAUGGAUUUUGUGAAAGGAAAGGUGAUGAUAAUGACAGUGAGGUGAUUAAAAGGAGGAUCUGUGCAACAAUUCCAUGGCAUCUCCUACUGAUUUUACCCUUGAUGAAUAUUCUUAAUAAAGGAAAAAAAAACAAGCAGCUUGCCUUAGAACAAAUAAGCCUGUCACAAUAAAUGAUGUUUUAUUUUCAAUAGAAAUACCAGGAAUUCUUCAAAUACUCAUUAUUGUAAUUCAGAAAUGAACCCCAACAGCUGACAACUGGAAAUGAACUGGAAAGCUAAGCUAAUUUCUCAUUAAUAUAUUUGACAUGAGUUAUAUGAGGGUUCCAACAGAUUUAAUGUAAUUUAUAUCAUUACUGAUGAAAGGCAACAUUUUAAAAUAUUGCUGGUAAAAAUAUAUUUCCUAAUCCUAGCAACAUGCUUACUGCAAUAUAAAGGAGAUUGAGGCAGUUUUUGAUGCCACACAUGAUAAAAGCUUGAUUUAAGGUACUAUUCAGUUUAAUUAUAUAUUCAUUACAGUGUGUUUCUUCAUAUUUAAGAAUUAUUGAUUCACAGUUUAUUUUACAUUGUUAUAAAGGCAAAUGUAAAGCAUGAAACUCAAGAAAAGAGGAUCGGACCAAGCAACAAUUAUUUAUGUACCAGCAGAGAGUCUUAUUUAUUGUAAAGUAGUCCGUCCUAUAACUGUAGUCAAACUCUUAAGGAAACAUUCAGCUGAAUUUCCAUUUCAAGUUAGAAUUAUCCUUGAUCUAACACUUAGGAAUGACCAAGAAAAAAAGUCUGUAGUCAAAAUAUCACCAGAAAAAAGAAAUAUUAGAGACAUUAACAAAAGCUUGGAUUUAAAACUGAAUCAUAUCAGUUAAUGUAGCUUGUGGUCAAAUGAUUUAAUCUUCAUUCUAUAAUGCAUAUGAAAGGUCCUGUGGUUUUAAUAUGUAGAUUUCAUGUAUUCAGGAUUAUAAUCUGCUGUUGGAAGUGCACAGGAGGGGAAUUGAAGGUGGGAUUUGGACCUCCUCUGGAAUGUUCUCAAAAAUAGUUACUCCUUGAAUUCUGAAUGUGCUGUAUAUAUAUAUUGAUUAGAAAUUGCUUUUUAAAGACAGUCCUGGAUAAUCAGGUUUCUUGUUCACCACGUUUAAUUUCUUCUAAAAAUGGUCACUUUUUCUCCACUGUGCUGGUCGGGUGCCUUGGUUGUCUAUGUAUGUGGCUCAGUAACUGUAUUUCCUGUUUCUUCUGUGAUCAAUGCAUAAACUGUGUACAAUUGGUACACAAUGUAGAUGUAAAAAUACAUUUGCUAUGAACUGUAAAUAAUCAAAUCAGCUAAUGUGAAUAAAUGAGAAAGGUAAGAUCAAA